AUGGCUUGCUGCACAGAUGCUGACUAUGACAGAGGAGGCGAAUUAUACUAUCAGGAACUCAUGGCAGCUCUCAAGAUUGGAAUGGUGCGUUGGAGAAACCAGUACGUGCACUUGGCCCUGGUCGCUGCUUCUGGCCUUCUUUGGACUCCAUCAUCAUCAUCAUCUGGUGUCACUUUGUCUGAUGUGUCACGUGACCCCAGCAUGGCCGUUUAGAUUCACCCAAGGCUGAGGGGCCAUUCACACUUCACCACCUUUCGAUUGUUUUUAUUCUCUUCCACUGCUGACCAGAACAAAGAUAAAUAUGAAGUUGUUUCUGCAGCCCAUUCCUGCUCCAAGCCUUGCCUC